AUGAUUGAUCUAGGGUUGGCCCGCAUUGGCCGUCUCAUCAAGCACACACCCCAGACGUGGAAGGCCAUCCAUGUGGCCGGCACCAACGGCAAAGGCUCCAUAUGCGCCUACAUUUCGGCCAUGCUCAACGCCAAAGGCAUAUCAUGCGCCAGGUUCACCUCCCCUCACUUGGUCGACCGGUGGGACUGCAUUGCCAUCAAUGGCAAGCCCGUGUCGGAAUCCUUGUUUCUUGAAGUUGAGAGGCAGGUGAAGCAGAGGGAUGUGAGCGAGAACAUUGGCGCAAGCGAGUUUGAGCUCCUGACCGCGACUGCCUUUGAGAUCUUCAACCGCCAAAAAGUCGAAUACGGAGUUGUCGAAGUUGGUCUUGGUGGCAGGCUAGAUGCGACGAAUACACUCAAACAGAAAUCGGUUACCGUUAUUUCCAAGAUUGGUCUUGAUCACCAGUCUUUCCUGGGAAACACCAUUGAGGAGAUUGCACUUCAGAAAGCAGGAAUUAUCCGCCAGGGCGUACCCUGUGUGGUGGAUGGCAGCAACCAGCAGUCAGUUCUGCAGGUAAUAGAACAGCAUGCUAAGGAAACAGGGGCAUCAUUGCAGUUUCCCAACGCGACAGCUGUUGCGGAAGAGCUUGCGAAGUCAGGAGAGACCUUUGAGCCACACCAAAUCCAGAACCUGGCAGCUGCUCAUCUGGCCUUCCGUUUGGCUUGCCCAGAGCAUGAUGCCCCGUUAACAAGUCUUCUGCCCGCUAUCAAGCAGCUCAAAUGGCCUGGUCGCCUCCAAAAGAUGAGUCUCGAAAACAUUACCGGCCGGCAGCAAGACGUGCUCUUAGACGGCGCUCACAACACCCAGUCAGCUGAGGCACUGUCUGGCUACGUCCAAAGACACCUUCGUUCUUCAGGAAAUCCAAUAACCUGGGCGUUGGCCGCCACGCAAGGCAAGGAUAUGAACGGGAUUCUCAGUCUGUUACUCCAACCUGGUGAUCAAGUCGUUGCUGUCAGAUUCGAACCUGUGGACGGAAUGCCCUGGGUCAAAGCAGCCGAUCCCAAGGAGCUCCUCGACUUGGCCACUCAACAUGGUGUCGACCAGUCAUCGGUCUACAGCGCCGGAGAGAACGUAAAAGACGCUUUAACCAAAGCAUCCGAGAUGGCAGGCGAAAGGCCAGUAGUAAUAGCCGGGAGCCUCUACCUCGUGUCCAGUGUCUUGAGGCUCUUGCGUGAGAAGUCUCAAGAUUCUAGUGAAAAUGCCAUCUGGUCUUGA